GUGUUAAAGCAAGGCAUCGGGGAGCGCGCGCAGACAUCCAAAGGCGGGUGAUUGGGGAGGAACUUUGCGCAAAACUUCUAAUCACCUGCACCAAGGAACAUCGUGGUCACUCCAGCGGUGGGGCAGUGCGCGCAGCUGGUUGUGUGUCGGGAUGGAGAGCGUCUGGGAUUGUUGGUCUUCUGCUGGGAUGUUUACGCUGGGGGUCCUGUCUGUGCUGUGGCCGGCGCCACACGGAGUUCGAAGUUUUAACCUUUACGCAGAGCAUCCUACUGUUUACAAAGGACCCGUUGGGAGUUAUUUCGGUUAUUCUGUGGACUUCUAUCAAGCCACCAGCGACAGAAACACGAUCAGCGUGCUGGUGGGGGCUCCUAAAGCGAACACCUCCCAGCCUGGCAUCGUUGAGGCGGGAUCUGUCUAUUACUGCCCUUGGCCUGGAGUGUCUGGAACCUGCAGGCAGAUUCCUUUUGAUAAUUCCAAUAACAGAAUGAUUAAGGUGAAUGGCACCAGAGAGCCUCUGGAAUUUAAGUCACACCAGUGGUUUGGGGCGUCUGUCAGGACACACAAAGGAAAAGUAGUGGCAUGUGCUCCUCUGUACCACUGGCGGACAGUGAAGAGAGAUGGGGAAAAGGACCCUGUGGGGACCUGUUAUGUGGCUGUGCAGAACUUCAGCGCCUACGCAGAGUACUCACCCUGCAGGACCAAUGAUCCAGACCCAGAGGGACAGGGGUUCUGCCAGGCUGGUUUCAGCGUGGAUUUCACCAAGGAAGGAAGACUGGUUGUAGGAGGACCAGGAAGCUUUUACUGGCAAGGUCAGGUGAUGACGACCGGAAUAGCAGAGAUACUCAACGGCUACUCCCUGAAAGCGGUGCUGAGACAAGUUCCUGGAGAGAAAAAAACAGCAGCUUCUGAUGACAUGAAUGACGACAGUUACCUUGGUUACUCUGUUGCCACGGGAGAGUUUACAGGAGAUUCUGAACAAGAGCUGAUAGCUGGAGUUCCAAGAGGAGCACAGAACUUUGGAUAUGUUGCCAUCAUCAAUUCCACUAAUCUUACCUACAUCCAGAACUUCACCGGAACACAGAUGGCCUCCUACUUUGGGUACUCGGUAGCUGUCACUGACCUAAAUGGAGAUGGGACUGAUGAUGUACUUGUUGGAGCUCCACUUUUCAUGGAAAGGGAGACAGAGAGCAAACCAAGGGAGGUGGGAAGGGUGUAUCUGUACCUCCAACUGGCUCCGCUCACUUUUUCCAAGCCAGUCAUUCUUACUGGCACAUACACCUUUGGCCGUUUUGGAACAGCUAUAGCACCUCUGGAAGAUGUCAACCAGGAUGGAUACAAUGACGUGGCAGUGGGAUGUCCAUUCGGAGGCCACGACAGUGGAGGCAGAGUGUUGAUCUUUAACGGAAACAAGGACAUCUUAGCUCAAGGGCUGACCCUGAGCCAGGAGUUGAAAGCAGCCCGGACCUCCAGUGGGAGUUUGCCUGGGUUCGGAUUCACUCUGAGAGGAGGCCAAGACCUGGACAACAAUCAGUAUCCUGAUCUGAUUGUGGGGGCGUUUGGCGCAGAUGAGGUGUCAGUGUACAGGUCUCAGGCUGUUGUGUCUGUGGAAGCCACGAUGACGCUGACUCCAAAAGUCCUCAAUCCUGAUGAUCGGCAGUGUCUCCUGCCUCAGACUGAUAUCAUUGUUACAUGCCUGAAAGUGGAAGUGUGCGCAGGAGUGAGUGGCGUGGAGAUCCCCACCUCUGUGGAUCUAAGAGCGGAGCUGCAGCUGGAUUGGUUAAAAGGUGCCAGGGGUGGAGUUAGGAGAGUUCUCUUCUUAGACACCCAGCAACCCCAUCACUCGGGGCUCCUAAGGCUCGGUUACAACCGCCAACACGCGUGCCUGAGCUACAUGAUUUACCUAAGAGAGGACGAUGAGUUUAGGGACAAACUCAGUCCCAUCUCGCUGGCCCUGAACUACAGUCUGGCUCCACCUGCUCACGACAAAACCCUCCCACCUGUUCUUAACCAGUACAGCAGUACCUUCCUCCAAGAUAAUGCCUACAUCCUCCUGAACUGCGGUGAUGACAAUGUUUGCAUACCCGAUCUCCAGCUCUCUGCCACCAUGGAUCGCACAGAGCUGGUGAUUGGAGAUGACAAUCUGGUCAUGUUAACGAUCACUGCAGUGAACCAAGGAGAAGGAGCUUAUGAGACAGAGCUGUUUGCACGGAUACCACCAGAGGCUGACUACAUCGGAGUGUCUCGCAGAGUGGAGUCUGUCUCCAUGUUAAACUGUGACUACAAGAUGAUCAAUGAAUCCAGGAUGGUGGUGUGUGACCUGGGGAACCCGAUGGUGACAGGAACAGAGCUGUCUGUUGGUUUGAGGUUUUCGGUCCAAAGGUUGGAAGAUUCAGGACCAGAAAUCCACUUUGAGCUGCAGAUCCACAGCUCUAAUAAAGAUAACUCCGACAGCAAUUUGAUCAGCUUGAGUCUGUCCAUUGUCGCCAGAGCGGAGCUGGAUUUGCGUGGGGUGUCUCACCCUUCUCAGGUGGUGCUGCCGUUCCCAAACUGGGAACCUAAGGAGAAGCCUGUCAAAGAGGAUGACGUUGGGCCACAAGUGACACACAUUUAUGAGCUUCACAACUACGGUCCCAGCAGUAUUGGUGAAGCAGAGCUUCAGGUCGGCUGGCCUUCCCGUUUCCGUGAUGAGAACCUGCUGUAUGCCAUGGAGAUUCAAACUGACGGCCCAAUUAGCUGCAGGACAAACACCAGCCUGAACCCACUUGGGUUGCAGAUUUCAGCUCUCCAGGACACACCUGAACUGUUGGGUUUCCUAAAAAACUCCAGUGCUCCCACUCACCGCCACAAACGAUCUGUCAGCACAGCUGAGAGCUACAGCAGCAAGACUUUGAACUGCACCAACAUCUCCUGUCUCAGGAUCAUGUGUGUGGUUGGCCGGUUGGACCGUGGCCAGAGUGCAGUGGUUAGGAUCCGAUCAAGACUGUGGGCACAUACUUUUCUCCAGCGGCGGAACGAUCCCUACAUACUUAAUUCUACUGUGUCCUUCAUGGUCAUAUCAGUACCUUAUCGCAGCCAACCUUCAACCUUGCCCCAUCGCAGAACCUCUAUGGGAACCCUGGUUCUGUGGGGGACUCCUGAUGUGUCAUUCGCUGUCCCACUUUGGGUUAUCAUUCUAGCCAUACUGCUGGGGCUUCUGGUGUUGGCCAUUCUGACGUUAGCAAUGUGGAAGUGUGGUUUUUUCGACCGGGCGCGGCCACCAGCAGAUGACGACAUUUCUGACCAGGAGAAGCUGACAUCCGAUCAAGCAGGGGACGCCUAAGACAACCUCUGACCAUACUUGGCUGGAUGCUUUAGGUUUGGGAGGGAUGUGCACCUUCUGAAUGACUGAAAUCAGAUCUGGGAUCUGCCUUAUUGGAGUCUCCACAACCAGGAGCUUCCCUGCCUUGUCACGAACAAAAUGAAGCAAAGACUGCAGCACCACAUGGACUGGGACCACAACAAUCAUGUUAGCAGCAGAGGCAAAACGUCAGUUCAAAUCACACGCUAUUUAUCCAUUGCGAUAAAGCUGAAGACAGGCUGGAUUUUGUCACUUUUUUAAACGUUUCUCCUUCAUUUGCAACACACAUAGAGAAUUGAUUGCUUUCAGAGUGUGUAUUGUGUAUGUAUAUGCCUGAAAGUUAGAGUGCAAGUACUGUAUGUGUUCAUUAGGUGCCUUCUGCCUCAACCUCCAUCAGAUGAAUUUGAUCUCAGUUUCCGUAUAACCAGGACAUGAAGAACCACACAGAAAUGCUGUAAGAUAAAGCCUCAUGUUUGAUCAACAAAGGCACAAAGUCUAAAGGAAAUAUUUAUGAAUGUAUGUGCAAUAUUUGGGUGUUGUUAAUCUGAAGCUCGUUGUUACACUGGCACUAUUUUAUGAGAGCUUCAGUGUUUAUGUAUAUUAUGUAAGUGGACUGAUUGUUAUAUUAGAUGAUUAAUAUUUCUGAAAAAAACAAGCAAUUUUAGGACAAAUUGAAGCCAUAUGAAAAAAAACAUUGAAAAAAUAGAAUAAAUCAAUCAAGAAUUAAAUAUCUUACAUAAUUGGUGUUUCAUUUUUACAAUAAAUGAUUAUUUUUUUUACAGCUGAAGCUUUAAGCUGCUUCUCAAAGGUGUGCAUGUUUUUGUUUGUUUAUGAGUUGUUGUUUUGUUUUUUUCAGUUUUAUUAUUUCAUGCACAGACAGAUGAAGAUGGUGGGUCACCCUGAAAUUAAAACCAGUAUUUCAUGUGAAAUUAAGGUCAGAAUAAAGUGUUGCUUCAUCAAAA